CAGACAGUGAUUGGAGACUUGUUCUGAAUAUAAUUUCUUCCAAAUAAUUUUUAUCCUCAUAAAAUCGCACCAAUUUAUCCUUGCGAAAAUUUUAUUUUUGUAACAAAAAUUUCUCUACCAUAAAUUUAAAAAUAAAAAUUGCGUAUUUUUAAAAGAUUGAUCAAAAGAGAUAAUUAAAAUAAUGUGUCGUUAAACUAAAUUGAUUACUUAUAAAUUCCAUUAUUUUAUUAAAAUAUUAUCGUAAUAUAAUGCAAUUUUAUGCAUUAUUAUUACUAAACGCGCCUUGGAGCAAAGGAGCGUUUGCUUAAAAAGAGGCUUGCCGAGGCGCGGUUUGACCACGGAGCGCGUCAAGGCACCGUUCUGAUACUCUGCGUAAUAUGUUUCUACUUCCGCAAGCUUCCUUGAGGACCCACUGCUUUUACUAUGUCCUCUGUCAAUUCAUUAUAAUUUUACUUUCAUUGUGGUGGGGCUGAAUUUUCAAUCGAUUGCGUGGGAAAAUAUUUAUUCAAAUUAUCUCUAAACUUUUGACGCUUGACUUUUAAUUCCGUGGCACUCGCAAAAGGGUAAGUGCAACAUUUAAAUUUGUGACAAAUUCUUUUAUUGAUUUUGAUAGAAAUUUUAAAAUUAAAUUAUGUUAUCUACCAUGACAGACACAAGACUAAGUGAGCUUACCACGGACAAGACAGAUAUGGAAAAGAAAGCUGAAGGUUGGGGCAUCCCUCCUGAAAAUCCAGAAAAAGCAGACAUUCCGUCGGAAGACGAGGAAACGGAAGAAGUGAGGAAAAAAGCCAGAGAGACAAGUAAGAGAAUAGUUCCAGCAGGAGAGCUGGAUGCUUACCACAGAGUGAUGAAGCGGAGCCUCCAAGAGCCCGAGGUCUUCUGGGCAGAGGUGGCCAGUGAGAUUAGCUGGAGCAAACCUUGGGACAAGGUGCUCGACAACUCCAAAGAGCCCUUUUCUCAAUGGUUUUGUGGCGGAGAGCUGAAUGUGUGCUACAAUGCUGUAGACAGGCACGUCCUGGCAGGACGGGGGGACAAAGUGGCCCUUAUCCAUGAUAGCCCUGUCACCAACUCGUUGAGACAUGUCACUUACCGAGAACUGCAGCAACAAGUCAGUCUGUUGGCUGGUGCCCUUCUGAACCUAGACGUCAUUAAAGGUGACAGGGUGCUGAUUUACAUGCCCAUGAUUCCGGAGGCAAUUUUCGCAAUGCUUGCAUCGGCCAGAAUCGGUGCCAUUCACUCUGUAGUUUUUGGAGGCUUUGCUGCCAGGGAGCUGUGCGCCCGUCUGGAGCACUGCCGCCCCAAAGUGGUGAUUUUGGCUAAUUGCGGUGUUGAGCCGACCAGGGUGGUGCCGUAUCGAGCCAUCCUGCACCAGGCGUUGGCCAUGUGCCGCUCAUCCAUCCUGGAGCCGCCGCCAGGGGAGGGCAUAACCUGCCUCCUGUACCAACGCCCUGGCAUCUUUUGCCCCACCACCCCCACCGCCCUCCUGCCUCCGGGAGUGCGCAUCGUGGCUUGGGAGGCCGCCUUGGCCAGAGCUUGUCCCGCGCCCUGUGUGCCGGUCGAGUCUUCGCACCCCCUCUACAUUCUCUACACCUCAGGCACCACAGCUCAUCCAAAAGGUGUGCUGCGACCUUCCGGGGGACAUGCAGCCGUUCUGGGGUGGACCAUGCGGAAAAUCUAUGGCAUGAAACCUGAUGACGUUUGGUGGGCUGCAUCUGACAUGGGAUGGGUGGUGGGACACUCGUACAUUUGCUAUGCGCCUUUGAUCAACGGAAACACAUCUUUGAUGUACGAAGGGAAACCUGACAGGACUCCUGAUGCUGGCCAAUAUUUCAGGCUAAUCGAGCGCCACCGAGUUAGCGCCCUUUUCACUGCUCCUACGGCUUUAAGAAUAAUCAAACGAGAGGAUCCGGGAGUUGCUUUAGGCAAAAAGCAUGACUUUAAAUCCCUCAAAUACCUUUUUGUUGCUGGCGAAUAUUGUGAUUCUGAGACGAGACUUUGGGCUGAGCAGGCUUUCAAGGUGCCAGUUUUGAAUCACUGGUGGCAAACGGAAACUGGCCACGCCAUCACAGCCACUUGUGUUGGUUUCGGACAUUCCCUGAAGCCCCCAGAAUUUAGCACUGGGUUACCCUUUCCUGGUUUUGAUGUGAGAGUUUUGAGAGAGGAUGGUACUGAAGCCAAUCGAUGUGAGCUUGGACGAAUUGCGUGCAAGUUGCCGCUGCCGCCAGGUGUCAUGAGCACCCUUUACGAAGCCAACGGCAGGUUCAAAACCACAUACUUCAGCAAAUAUGAGGGAUACUAUGAUACCAUGGACGCAGGGUACAUUGACAACGAUGGCUACGUUUAUGUAACAGCCAGAGACGACGAUAUAAUUAAUGUUGCUGGGCACAGACUUUCAACGAACGCCAUCGAAGAUGUUGUCAUGACCCACCCGUGUGUUGUGGAUGCUGCUGUGGUUGGAGUCCCAGAUGCUACAAAGGGACAUACACCCCUCUGCCUCUAUGUUAUGGCCCCUGGAAACUGCCUUGGUGAAGAAGAUUUGAACACUGAAUUGUUCCAACUGGUGAGGGAAAUGAUAGGGCCCAUCGCUUCAUUCAACAAAGCUGUAGCUGUUCAGGCGAUUCCAAGAACUCGAUCGGGCAAAAUUCCUCGCAAUUCAAUUUCUCAGCUUGCUUCGUCAAGUCUUAAAAAGAUACCCAGCACUGUUGAGGAUCCGAAUGUUUACUUUGAAUUAGCAACAACGCUGCAAAGAAUAGGCCUUGCCAAUAACAACGCUAAGCUACGAUAAAAUUUUUACAUCUUGAUUAUGAUGUUUGCAAACUUUUUUGGGAAUUUUAUUAUAUGUUGUGAAAUUUUUGUAUUUAAUGAUAAUGAUAUAAGGAAAUAAAGUUCUUAAUUUUUUUAGAUAUCAUA